AUGGCGGCGAAGUUCGCUUUUUUCCCGCCGACCCCGCCGUCGUACAAGCUCGUCAGGGACGAAGCCACGGGACUUUUGCUCAUGGACCCAUUUCCCCACCGUGAAAACGUCGACAUUUUGCGCCUUCCCACGCGCCGUGGAACCGAGGUCGUCGCCAUGUACGUCAGAUAUCCCAUGGCGUCGACGACCCUUUUGUAUUCUCACGGUAACGCCGCCGAUAUCGGCCAGAUGUAUGAGCUCUUCAUCGAGCUUAGUAUUCACCUCCGCGUCAAUGUCAUGGGGUAUGAUUACUCAGGUUACGGCCAAUCAUCUGGGAAGCCAAGUGAACAAAAUACUUAUGCUGAUAUUGAAGCUGCUUACAAAUGUCUGGAAGAAAACUAUGGAGCAAAGCAGGAGAACAUUAUCCUCUAUGGUCAAUCUGUGGGUAGUGGCCCCACCGUCGAUCUUGCUGUACGUUUGCCUCGACUAAAAGCUGUUGUUCUUCACAGUCCGAUACUGUCUGGGCUGAGAGUUAUGUAUCCCGUUAAGCGCACUUAUUGGUUUGACAUAUACAAGAACAUUGACAAAAUACAGUUGGUGAAGUGUCCAGUGCUCAUAAUUCAUGGAACGGCUGAUGAUGUGGUCGACUUCUCGCACGGGAAGCAGCUCUGGGAACUCUGCCAAGAGAAAUAUGAACCCUUGUGGCUGAAAGGGGGAAACCAUUGCGAUCUUGAGCUCUUCCCGGAAUACAUUCGCCAUCUCAAAAAGUUUGUGUGUGCAGUCGAGAAAUCACCUUCUAGAAGAAGCAUCUCUUCUUCUAGAAGGAGCAUAGAUGGGUAUGAACCUCCGAGGCACAGCACAGAUAGGCCGAGGAAGAGCACAGCGAAGAGCGUGGAUAGGCUGAAGUUCCACGAAUACAAGUUCAGCCACGUGGAGAAACCCGAGAAGCUGAAGCUCCCCUUCGAGGAAAUGGAGAGGUCGAGGAGAAGUGUGGAUGUAUGCAGGGAUAAGUCUCACAGAAACGUCGAGCAGCCGUUUGAGAGAGCUCGAAAGAGCGUGGAUUGGUUGGACAGAACUCGGGUUACUGAAUAGGAGGAGGAGGAGAAAGGGUAUCAUCAAAAUCGUUUCUUUUGUAAAAAUUUCGCUGGAGUGUUGUUCAAAUUAUUGGGUUUCAGGGCUUUUGUGAUGUGGGUUUUUUUUUUUAAUUUUAUGUCAAAGAUGGAUUCAACAGAAAGAUAGAGAACCACCAUGUUUGGUAUGUUCUUCCUUGCCAUU